UUUUGUACCCUUUCCUUUGUCCAGUGCAGGGCCGCCGUUGCUCCAGUGCAACAAAACCCGUUGGGAGGGUGGGUUUUUGGGGGGGCUGAAUUGAUUAGCCGCUCUCUCGGUAUUGGCCAGUUUCGGAUAACCGGCACGUCGCUGCAGCGCAUGAAUACAGCGCGGUCAAAAGUCACCCAGAGGUUGCGGGGGUCACUUUUAAUGAAAAGGUGCGGGGUGCUAGUUCUCACCGCCCCGAGGCCUGCGCCGGGACAAAGAUGAGUCGCACACUAUUGAAAAUGUGGCGCUUCACGCCUUCCCACCUGACCGUGGCAUCUCUGAGCUAAAGUGACCGACGUCUAGACAAGAAGGACGUAAACAUGUUUUGCUGCCCAAACAUGAUGCGACACGCCCCGUGUUUGGUUUGUGGCGCAUUCCGCUUUUUCACAGUUUGCUCUGUGAUUUGUGCAAGAAGAGAGUAGUGUCUACAGAAGUUUACGCUUCUUAAAAACUGCGGAUAAUAUUAAAUUAUAACCGAAAAUCAACUAUAGAACUAACAACUUCACCAGCUCUCUGGAAGAAAACGGCUGAUUCUCUUAUUUAUGAAUGGCACCUCUAUAAAUAUUGUCUGCACACGUUUAACGUUGGAUUUCUCACCGGAAUGUGUAGCUCCGUGCACCCGGUUGUUGGGACAGCUUGCCACCACGGCCACACGUUUUCUUUGAUGAUUUUACAAUGUUUGUCCAGUUGCUUAGCGCAUGGUGCUGCUUCAUAAGAGUUCCAGACACUGGAGGACCAUGGGGGCGGUCAGAGGGGCUGCCCUUUCCACCUCCAUUCACUCUCUGAAAGGCUGAUGUUGCGUCUUUCUCUCUCAUUGUGCACUUUCGUUCGCUGUUCGGGGAAAUCGCCCUGAAUGAGAGUUUGCCCAUUGUUGCAAGAGUUUUGGUUAUCAAGGCAAAUAUUUCAUGCAACCAAACUGCAUUUUACACGCGUUUUUCUUGGAUAUUUUUUGUUCAAUACAUGUCCAGCGCAUGGGAACUCGUCUUGAUCUUUGGAAUUGCUACAACGCUCCUCUCUGCGCGCAGCAAACUCCUUUCCACAUGCUGAACGGACGACCACGUUCGCGCAUCGACAGUAGAUUUAUUUCAGAUUUGAAAACCUAAAGGAGGAAUGGAUUUACUCGGUUGGCGACUCAUGCAAAAAAGCAAUAAUGUAUAAAAUCCCUCUACAACUUUUGGAGGAUAGAUGUCUGAAGGAUACAAGUUGGAAAAAUGCACCCAACUCAAAUAAACUAGUGAUAGGAUGGAUACGUGCGUAUUUGUUGAUGCUCCUGGUUUGCGAAUUACCCGAACUUUCUUUGUGUGCAAGUGUGGCAGGAUCCAAAGCUGAACACGAAGGAUUUUGUCCUAACAAGCUGAAUUCCAAUCUCUGGGUCGAUGCGCAAAGCACCUGCGAGAGAGAAUGCAACGUCGAUCAGGACUGUGCAGACUUUGAGAAAUGCUGCACCAACGUGUGUGGUUUCAACAGCUGUGUGGCUGCACGUUUCUCUGAUGGCACCCCUGCCCAGCCAGAUGGGCAGGGUGGAGGAGAAGGAAGUGAUGCCCCCACCUCCACAGCUACCUGCGAGGGCUUUCUCUGCAGCCAGCAGGGAGCGACUUGUGACAUCUGGGAUGGACAGCCCAUCUGCAAGUGCCUGGACCGGUGUGAGAAAGAGCCCAACUUCACGUGCGCUUCAGACGGCCUCACCUACUUCAACCGCUGCUACAUGGACGCAGAGGCCUGCAUUCGUGGGGUGACUUUAACUGUGGUCCCCUGCCGCUUUUACCUGGCCGGGCCCCACACCAGUCCACUGCCUCAGGACACUACAGCUAACCCCACUCCGACAUCCUCCCAGGAGGACCCCAUGCCCCCCACACUGUACUCCAACCCUCACCACCAGUCCAUCUAUGUCGGAGGCACAGUCAGCUUCCACUGUGACGUUAUUGGAGCCCCCAGACCUGAUGUAACAUGGGAGAAACGGAGGGAAAGGCGCGAGCGGCUCGUCAUGAGGCCUGACCAGAUGUAUGGCAACGUGGUUAUCACCAACAUCGGUCAGCUUGUCAUUUACAACGCCCAGGUGUGGGAUACAGGUAUCUACUCAUGCAUCGCACGGAAUUCUGUGGGAGUUCUUCGUGCAGAAUACCCGCUGUCUGUCAUCCGCCGGGCCGGCGACGAUUUCUCUGAAGACCCUGAGAUGCCCAUGGGAAGGCCAUUCUCACCAGCAGACUGCCUGGCUGAAGUAGACCUGAGAGUGUGCAGUGGUGAGCGUCACGUGGACUGGUAUUAUGACAGCAAGCUGGGCUCCUGCAUGGCCUUCAGCAAUGGCGGAUGCGACGACAGCCGCAACCGAUUUGAGUCUUAUGAGGAGUGCAAGGCCUCCUGUCAGAGAGAAGGGAUGGGCAUCUGCUCCCUGCCUGCUGUCCAGGGCCCUUGUAAAUCUUGGGAGCCACGUUGGGCCUGGAAUUCCCUCUUGAAACAGUGCCAGACCUACGCCUAUGGUGGCUGCCAUGGGAAUGCCAACAGCUUCAGCACCAAGAAGGAUUGUGAGGCAAACUGCCCACAGCCCAAAAGGAAACCUUGUAAGACCUGUCGGGUGAAGGGGAAAAUGGUGCCCAGCUUGUGCCGGAGUGACUUUGCUGUCGUGGGGCGGCUGACAGAGCUGGUGGAGGAUCUGGACUCAGGGUUAGCCCGCUUUAGCUUGGAAGAGGUCCUGAGAGAUGAAAAGAUGGGAUUGACUUUCCUCAAUACCAAACACCUAGAGGUGACUAUUGCCAAGGUAGACUGGAGCUGUCCCUGUCCCAAUAUCACCAUGGAGGAAAACCCUUUGCUGGUGAUGGGUGUCGUGCAGGAUGGCAUGGCCAUCAUCCAAUCAGACAGCUACGUCAGAGCCAUAACUGAACGCAGACUCAAGAAGCUACGUGAGGUCCUAAAUAAAAAGACCUGUGAGGUAUAGUAGAAGUCCCAAGACUCGGACCCGUUGGCCCACAUAGGGUCUGUGGUCACCUUUACCUUUAGCACUGAACAUGGGCAUUAGAAUUGCAAGCUGAUAUAUUUAAUAACUCUUUUAAUCAAAUGACGCAAAUGUUAUGUUAAUGUAGAUAUGAGAUAUAAUUUACAUGUACAAUAUAUAUUCAUUGCAACACAGGUUGUACUACAUUCCAGGUGUGUUGUGAGUCCAUUAAUAUCAAUGCUGAAAUGUUACUAUAAAUAUAGAUAUUCUUUCUUUUGACAUGUAUUCUGUAUGUUUCUGAAAAAUAAGAUAGUAGCCACACAAGUUGAUCAACUUACAAAAAUGCCUAGCUUGUGCCGCUAUAGGAAUAGACGCCUAAAUAACCUCUAUAUUGUGUUUUUCUGUUUUAUUGUAUUGUGUUUAUUAUAUAUUGGGCUCUUUAGACUUGUCAUUUAGGUGUGUUGUAGGUUUUUUUCCGUUACCUUUUGUUAUGUAUGAUUUCAAGAUCUAACGCGCAGCACAUUGCUUCUUCAAUAUCUCCCUUUGCAAAGCACUUCUUCUAACGUAGUUUUACUGACAGUCUGCAAACUGAAUGAAGAAAAAGAAAGAGUAGUUGUCUGCAUCAAGGCACAGAUAGCACAGAGACAACAUAUCAGUGAGCCUUUUUACUCAAGUGUCCAAUACAGAAGAAUAUAUGAUGGAUUACAGCAGUUCAGUUUGGAUCAAACAACUUCAUUUGUGUCAAUUUGUUUCAGAAUAUGGGGAAACAAUUCAUUGAAAGUUCUGGAAAAUUUGGCAAUGUAUCCAAGCUUCAAGUGUGAGUUAAGGCGUUUUGACCCUCCUGCUCUAAUACUGGUCUGCACCCAGAGAAGGAACCGCAGGAGUCUUCACACCAAACUCUCCUUCCUGAACAGAAGACACUUGUUGUUUGCAGGCAUGUCCACCUAGCAAAGAAAACAUUUGAAAUCAGACAUCGGUAGGCCGACAUUACCAUAACUGCAUUGUUAACUUUGUUAUCUUUUUAUAUUUUAAGGGGGAAAAGAAAUUGUA